UAAUGCAAGGAAUAUCAUAAAUGAGGCAGAUGAACUUAGAGUGUGGAUCAACACAUGGAACUAUGACAUUGUGGCUAUUACAGAGACUCGGGGGCAGGAAUGGUUGCUGAAUGUGCCGGGCUUUAGAUGUUUCACAAAGGACAGGGGUGGAGACAAAAACGUGGGUGAGUGGCAUUGCUAAUCAGGAAUAGCAUCACAGCUUCGGAAAGGAGGAGGUCUUGGAGGGAUUGUCCACUGAGUCAUUGUGGGUGGAAGUCAGAAAUAGGAAGGGAGCAAUAACUCUACUGGGUGUUUUUAUAGAACCCCCACCCCCAUAGUAACAGAGACAUUGAGGAGCAGAUGGGGAGGCAGAUUUUGGAACAGUGCAAUAAUACCAUUAUGAUGGAUGAUUUUAACUUUCCAAAUAUUGACCAGCAUCUCCUUAGAACAAGGAGUUUGGAUGGAGCAGAGUUUGUUAGGUGUGUUCAGGAAGGUUUCCAGACACAAUAUAUAGAUACGCCAUCUAGAGGAGAGACUGCACUCGAUCUUGUACUGGGAAAUGAACCUGGUCAGGUGUCAGAUCUCUUGAUGCGAGAGUAUUUUGGAAGUAGUGAUCACAAAUCUAUUUCCUUUACCACAGCGCUGGAGAGGGAUUGGAGCAGACAAUUUGGGAAAACAUUUAAUUGGGUUACAGGUUCAAAUGAUGCUAUUAGGUAGGAACUUGGGAACAUAAAUUGGGGGUAGAUGUUCUCAGGGAAUUGCAUGGCACAGAUCUGGCAAAUGUUGAGGGAACACUUGCAUGAUGUUCUUCAUAGGUAUGUUCCAUUGAGGCAGGGGACUGAUGGUAGGAUAAAAGAACCAUGGUGUUCAAAAGAUGUAGAAAAUCUAGUUAAGAAGAAAAGAAAAGCUUAUGAAAGAUUCAAGAAACUACUUAUUGUUAGAGCUCUAGAAAAUUACGAGGGUGCCAGGAAGGAGCUCAAGAAUGAAAUUAGGAGAGAUAGAAGGGGCCAUGAGAAGGCCUUGGCAAGCAGGAUUAAGGAAAAACCCCAAGGCAUUCUUCAAGUACAGUAUGUGAAGAGGAAGAGGAUGAGCCAUGUGAGAAUAGGACCAAUCAGGUGUGACCGUGGAAACAUGUGAAUGAAGAUGGAGGUACUUAAUGAAUACUUUGCUCCAGUAUUCACCAGUGAAAAGGACCUUGGCAAUUGUGGGGAUCACUUACCAUGGACUGAAAUGCUUGAGUAUACAGACAUUAAGAAAGAGGAUGUGCUGGAGCUGCUGAAAGGUAUUAAGUUACAUAAGUCACUAGGACCAGACGAGGUAUAUUCCAGGCUACUAUGGGAAGCGAGGGAGGAGAUUGCUGAGUACCUGGCAAUGAUCUUUGCAUCGGCAAUAGGGUCAGAAGAAGUACCAGAGGAUUGGAAGGUUGCAAAUGUUGUUCCUUUGUUCAAGAAAGGGAGUAGAGAUGACCCUGGAAAUUAUAGACCAGUGAUUCUGACUUCAGUGGUGGGUAGAAGUUGUUGGAGAAGAUUCUGACUAGCAGGAUUUAUGAGCAUUUGGACAGAUAUAAUCUGAUUAGGGAGAGUCAACAUGGCUUUGUCAAGUGCAGGUCAUGCCUUAUGAACCUGAUUAAAUUCUUUGUGGAAGUAACAAAAUACAUUGAAGAUAGAUGAAGGUAGAGUAGUGGAUGCAGUAUAUAUGGAUUUCAGUAAGGCAUUUGAUAAGGUUCCCCUUUCAAGGCACAUUCGUAAAGUAAUGAGGCAUGGGAUCCAAGGAGAUCUUGCUUUGUUGAUCCAGAAUUGGCUUGCCCACAGAAGGCAAAGUGUAGUUGUUUUGCAUGAAGGAUGGUGACCAGUGGCAUUCAGAAGAAAUCUGUUCUGGGACCCCUCCUCUUUUUGAUUUUUAUAAAUGACCUGGGUGAGGUGGGUUAGUAAGUUUGCUGAUGACACAAAAGUUGGGGUGUUGUGGAUGGUCUGGAGGGUUGUCAGAGGAUACAGCGGAAUAUCGAUAGGAUGCAGAGCUGGGCUGAGAAGUGGUAGAUGAAGUUCAAUCCAGAGAAGUGUGAAGUGGUUCAUUUUGGUAGGUAGGUCAAAUUUUGAAGACAGAAUAUAACAUAAAUGAUAAGACUCUUGGCAGUGCGGAGGAUCUAUGAGAUGCCGGGGUCUGUGUCCACAGGACGCUCAGAGCUGCUGUGCAUUGUUAAGAAGGUGUAUGGUGUGAUGGCCUUAAUCAACCAUGGGAUUGAGUUCAAGAACCUUGAAGUAACGUUAGAGCUAUAUAAGACCUCAGUUAGACUCCACUUAGAGUACUGUGUUCAGUUCUGAUCACCUCACUACAGGAAGGAUGUGGAUACUAUAGAGAGAAUGCAGAGGAGAUUUACAAGGAUGUUGCCUGGAUUGGAGAGCGUGCCUAAUGAGAACAGGCUGAGUGAACUUGGCUUUUUCUCCUUGGAGCGACAGAGUAUGAGGGGUGACCUGAUAGAGGUGUAUCAGAUGAUGAGAAGCAUUGAUCGUGUGGAUAGUCAGAAACUUUUUGCCCAGGGUUGAAAUGGCUAACACAAGGGGACAAAGUUUUAAGGUAUUUUGAAGUAGGUACAAGUGGAUGUCAGAGGUAAUUUUUGUAUACAAAGAUUGGUGGGUGCGUGGAAUACACUGCCAGCGACAGUGGUAGAAGCAGAUAAAAUGGAGCCUUUUAAUAGACUCUUAGAUAGGUACAUGGAGCUUAGAAAAAUAGAGAGCUAUGUGGUAUGGAAAUUCGAGAUAGUUUCUAGAGUAUGAUACAUGGUCGGCACAACUUUGUGGGCCAAAGGGCCUGGAACGUGCUGUAGAUUCCUAUGUUCUAUGAUCUAUGAGUCCAUAGGUUGUGGAAUCAGUUCAGAGUUGAGGUGACUGAAGUUUUCCACGCUGAUGUUUGAAGAGCAAUGGCUGUUCCUGAACCUGGUGCUGAUCUCGAUGCAUUGAAAUGUAGAUUUAAGGGCUCCAUGGGCAAGGACCUCCAUCAAGACUCCUUCUACUACAAGGACUUGCAAGGGGUGAGUUGGGUGUAUCACCCUAGAGGGGGGGAGCAUGUAGGUGGCAAUGACACCAUGGCUUUAAAGGAAAAGGAACACUACUAAAUGUAAUGACCAUGAAUGUAUAAUUUAUACACUGUUUAUACUUUUGUAUCUAUUUACUAUUAUGAAUAAAUGUCAUGCUGUUCUGCAGGAGUUGCCUGUCUUUUACUGGGACCUUUCCAGAGUCUGGGAUUUUGUUUAUCUUCAGUCAGAAAGCCCCUCUCCCGUCCAGCAAAGGGGAUUGAUGCCCAGGAAGGCCAGACGUCCAGCUUUUGAACACUCUCUCCUCCGUCCGGCGCCACCUCGAGUCGGAUGUUAAGUCCUCCUUUUUUGGAUCUAACUAAAAAACUUACAUAAAUUACUUAAAACAGUGGGAACUGAAAGCUAUAACAACCGUUAACGUAUUUUUAUUAUAUGUAGUUGCCAUCGUCAACACUGCUGAUGAGCCACACACGGUGUACGAGUCACGUCAGCAAGCCACGAGUUUAAUCGUACAGUGCAAAGCGACUGUAUCUACACCCCUUCCAUCCACUCCCCCCCCCCCGCAAUGUAUUCCAGUUUGCCGCCUCAUGGGGUGCAGGUACUAUUGGAAAAUAUACUGAAGAAUGGCAUUAGCGGCAUUCACUAUAUAACCACGAUUAUUGAGCAUUUACUAUGCAUUCAUUGAUUUACUAGAUACAUUGUAUUCUCAGGUACAUACUAUGGCAUAUAAGAACAUCAGUGUAUUAUUAGCUGAAAUGUACUCUAUAUAUUAUGAGAUGGAAUGGCUUGUGAAAAGAUAACAGUGGCAGACAGAAUGAUAAAAACAGGCAAUGGAAUGUUAAGGGAGGCUAACUGAGAGAUAACCGUGGCCAGGAACGAGGGAACAUGUGGCCCAGGAGGUGAACUGGGACAUAAUUUGACUGAUUGGGUAAAGAUAAUAGUGGCAGGUCAGAAGGUGAUAUGCUGUAACGUGCUGUAGAUUCCUAUGUUCUAUGAGUCCAUAGGUUGUGGAAUCAGUUCAGAGUUGAGGUGAGUGAAGUUUAUAUGAUUUGAUAUGUAGUUGUAGAGUGAUUGGCUAUGUUAAUGCAACUAAGAUAACAAGAUUGCUAUAAAAAAUGUCAUGUACAAAGAUCGGCAGGCACUCAGCAACUAGCUCACUGACUGUCUCCACUUUGGUUUGCAAAUUAAAGCUUAAAACUUCUUGAGGAAUCUUCUGCGUCUCCUGGUUAUUGUAAGAAACCACGACAGUACUUACUAAAUACACUCACGUAUUAGCCUAAGGAGCUACACACACAGUGGCUGCUGCAGAGCACGAGUGCUGCUGCCCGCCCGCUCGGAAUCACAGCUUUUAAAGGCAAGUCGAGGGCAGAAACACAAAAAAAUAGACAUCAAUACCUGGCAGUAUAUGGUAGGCCCAAGUACACUACUUCCUUUAGUUUGUGAAGUAAGUUAUUUGGUUAGCAUAUCUGCUUCAUCAGGAAUAAAAAUGAAUAUUCAUUUCUUUCAGUUCUUUAUUUAUACUAUAUGAAUGCAUGUAUGUAAUAUGCAAAAUGAUGAAUCAUUGAAUAGAAAAAAGGGCUCUGGCAGAAAAUCACUGAUUAUAACCAUAUAACAAUCACAGCACGGAAACAGGCCAUCUCAGCCCUCCUAGUCCGUGCCGAACUCUUAAUCUCACCUAGUCCCACCUACCCGCACUCAGCCCAUAACCCUCCACUCCUUUCCUGUCCAUAUACCUAUCCAAUUUUACCUUAAAUGACACAACUGAACUGGCCUCUACUACUUCUAUAGGAAGCUCAUUCCACACAGCUAUCACUCUCUGAGUAAAGAAAUACGCCCUCGUGUUUCCCUUAAACUUUUGCCCCCUAACUCUCAAAUCAUGUCCUCUCAUUUGAAUCUCCCCUACUCUCAAUGGAAACAGCCUAUUUACGUCAACUCUAUCUAUCCCUCUCAAAAUUAAUGGUGAAAUAGCUAGGUUUUUGCUGGAUUUAUAUAGGCAAAAAAGUAUCAUGUUAGAAUUUUCAUUUAAUAACUAAAGUGAUCAUCUGUUUGCAUUUGUUGUUUUUGCAAUCCAGUUUAAAUUUUAUAAAAUAAAUUUGUUUGAGACACACUGUAUCUAUAUGGUAACCUAUGACCAUGCAUGCAAUGUCCUCCUUUUUGGAAAUUUGGAAAUGGCCACCCUAUUGAUGCCACUGCUAGGCCAGAUGGCCAAAGUACUGAAUUGGAAGAUGGAUAAACAUGCUGCUUUCAUUUGGGCUCUUGGCUGUGGCUUUUGGCCAUCCUGUCACAAGGGCAGAGCUGUGGAAUGACCCUGACUGGGCUGACUCGCUCAGACGGAAUUACUCAAUACCCCAAAACCCUCCUUGGGACGGGGGCGUGCACAACAGAGCUACCUCCAGGAAAUGACCUCCGUGCCCCUCCACAAGUUGAGGAUCUGUUCCCUGCCUGUUCUAGUUCCUUGUGCUCAGUGGCCGCCCAGCCGCACUGUGACAGACACUUACACCCUCUGACAGUGGACAGAGUCCCAAGUACACCGAAGUCCUCCCACUUUCCAUCUGAAACCUGGGCUGCAGAGUGUUGCACAGACCAGUGACCUGUGCUAGAGUUGGUGCAGCCUCCAAAGCUGCCUGCCAUUUACACAAAACAUUGCAGUCCCUUCUGUCCUACUUGUCCUCAGAUUCAGCUGGCACUUCAGCCAGCCGCACUCUCCCGAACUUUGUGCACCCUUUAGGAGAGAAAGAGAAGGCGAGUCAGUUGAGGUAAUCUCCUCAUUACUCUGCUCCUGAGCGCGGCCAAGAGGGUCGUUGAUACCUCCACCAUAACUGCGUGCCCGCCGUUCUUCUAAGGAAUAUACCCAACUUGGUUUACAGAUCAGACAAAAUCGCUGAACAAAGUAUUACAUAGACCCUUGGAGGUGGGGGUGGGGGGGUUGCUACCUCCCUGAAAUGAGUUUUUGCAGAGUGGGAUGUCUGCGUCCCGGACCCUGCAUCUGGGCUGCUGCUUUGCGUUUCUUGUAUUUUCCUCAAAGCUGACGGCCUGAGUUUCGGUUUCGAUUCAUCAAGGACAAAACUAGAAAUCAGUGCUUUCGUGUUCCUGCGGAUUUCCUGACGGAGUGGCGGGGAAUUCAUUGGUUCAUUAUGCGAUGCCUGCACGCUUGAGUAUUUAAAGACACAUCCACGCAGGACAGCUCAGUGAGACGGGCGAUUUCACGUCGGUCUAAUACAGAAUUCGGAUGCGUGAUUUACUUGUGUUCCCUUUAAAAUGACUGCGCGAGAAGCUGACUCAUAAAUCUUGCAAAUGCUAUUUUAGUUCCGACAUGAAAAUGGUUCUUUAGGCGCUGAAUCUGAAGACGCGCUCUUGUGUUGAAGAUUGAACCAUCGCUCUUUGAUUAGGUGUCAGAUACAACAGCAACAUGUACACGAGUUCAAAGAAUCAGAAGUCCCAUUCAUCAAGAAGAGGUGCAGCUCUGAAGGAGGAAUAUGGAGGUUUUAAAGAGGGUGCAGAAGAGGAUAACCAGCAUGAACAUUGAACAGUACAGCAUGGAACAAAAGAAUAUGGCAUUCAUAACACAGUCAGAGAAUUGGUGCAUUAAGCAGUUUAUACCGGAUGAAACAGCCAAUAAUGUGAUCCAAAAUGGAGACACAAUGAAUGAGCCACAGAAGGAAGUCUGGUUGAAUGCAUUUGGUGUAGCAGAGGCACGUCAGGUGCAGAAAGAACAGAGAAGUUUAUCAGUUAAGGCAAUGGAUACUCCAUUGUCCAGUCAAUAUGAACAAGAGGUACGGCCAUGCAUUGAUCUCAUCGACUCGCUGAGAGGAUUUGGUGUGGACAAAGACCUGGGGCUUCCAGCCAUCGCAGUGAUUGGUGAUCAGAGCUCUGGGAAGAGCUCCGUCUUGGAGGCCCUCUCUGGAGUGUCCCUUCCCAGAGGGAGUGGAAUUGUAACCAGAUGUCCUUUGGAACUGAAGCUAAAAAGAGUUAAAAAGGAGAAUGUUUGGAAGGGGAAAAUCAGCUACAGGGAUUAUUCAAAGAAACUCAGCAGUGCAGCUGAGGUGGAAGAAGAAAUUGUCAAAGCCCAGAACAGUAUUGCCGGGCAAGGAGUGGGAAUCAGCAAUGAAUUGAUCAGUCUCGAAAUUGAGUCCACCAUUGUCCCUGACCUGACCUUGAUAGAUUUGCCAGGAAUUGCCCGGGUAGCAGUUGGUAACCAGCCAGUUAAUAUUGGAGAGCAGAUUAAGAAACUUAUUAAAUCAUUUAUUACAAAACGAGAGACAAUUAAUCUUGUAGUUGUGCCAUGUAAUGUCGACAUAGCAACCACAGAAGCGCUGAAAAUGGCUCAGGAAGUGGAUCCUGAAGGGGAAAGAACUCUGGGCAUUUUAACAAAACCUGACCUGGUUGACAAAGGAACAGAGAUGAACGUGGUGGACAUUAUGGAGAACUUGGUGGUGGAGCUGAGUAAGGGUUACAUGAUGGUUAAGUGUCGAGGCCAGAAAGACAUCAAUGACAAAGUAGCACUCAGUGAUGCUAUCAUGAAGGAGAAGGCUUUUUUUGAAGACCAUGAACAAUUCCGGCAACUUUUUCAAGAAGGAAAGGCUGGUAUCUCAAAUUUGGCUGUUCGGCUAACAAAGGAACUUGUUAACCACAUUAAUAAAUCGUUGCCUCAGUUGCGAACGGACAUUGAAGAGAAACUAAAUGAAUCAUUGAAAUCUAUAAAGAUGUACAACACUGCGGUCCCCUCUUCUUACAGUGAGAAAAUGACAUUCAUAAUUGAGAAAAUCAAUGAUUUCUGCAGCCAUGUUAAAAGUUUGAUGUCAGGGGAGGAGCCGUAUGACAGGGCAAAAGGAGAAAGGUACAUCACCAAAGUGCGGAAGGAGUUUGCGACUUGGAACUUAUUCCUGGCAAAGAGAAUAUCAGACUUCCGAGACUAUGUCCGUGACGAAGUUCUCCAGUAUGAAGAUCUGUACCGUGGAAGAGAGCUGCCUGGGUUCAUCAACUACAAAACCUUUGAAUCUCUUAUGAAGAAAGAGAUUUCUCAACUUGAAGAUCCAGCCAUGAGAAAAUUGAAGCGUAUUACUGAGAUCACAAGGGAAGCUCUUUUAAAUAUCGCUGAGCAACAUUUCAAUGUCUUCUUCAACCUUUACAAAGCUGCCAAGGUCAAAAUUGCAACUCUCAGCUGUGAGCAAGAAAGUGAAGCAGAGAAGCUGCUGCAAGCCCAGUUUAAGAUCGAGAGCACGGUGUACUCUCAGGAUGGUCUCUAUAGCGAAGGCCUGAAUAAAUUGAAGAGCAGCGCUCUUCAAUUGCAUGGAAGUGUCAGCCUCAAAGAAAUGUCAUUUCAUUUAGAAGCAUAUUACAAGAUUGCCUCUAAUCGACUGGCUGACCAGAUUCCCAUGGUCAUACGUUGCUACAUUUUAAAUGAAAUGGCUGAAAAGCUACGGAUCGAGAUGUUACAGCUCAUCCAAGAGAAGGAUCGCAUCAAUGAAUAUCUGAUGGAAGAUCAAGACACACAGAGAAGAAGAGACCAGCUUAAAAGCAAAAUAGAGCGAUUGAGAAAAGCCCAGAAGAUAUUGCUUGAAUUUGGUUAAAUAACUUGAAUGUAUUUAUAUAUAUUUCUUUUGCUAAUUUCUUUCUUCUGUUUGGUCCUGGUGUUAAAAGUUACAUCAUGUUACAAUCAUGUGUAACUGUAAAUAUUGUCAUCCUAUUCACUUAAAUUAGAUGAAUUUAAGGGUCUUCCUCGCCCAAUUUUAACAUAUCUGAUCGUCCUUCUGGAUAAUUUUCUAUUCCCUGUUCUGACUGAAGUUAGCUGACCCAGGAAGUCAUAGAUUGAAUUUCCAUUAACUGCAUAUUGAGCUGCUCAAUAUGUUAACUGGUUUAAGCUGACUAGAAACUUUUAGUUAUCUUUAAUAUACCAGAUGUAAUAUCACAGAGCAUUCAUGUAUUUACAUUAUGUAUAAUAUUUCAGCUGUUGCAUUGAAGUAAAGACUGAACUUAAAGCAAAUAGAUAAUUAUCAGAUAUGUUCAGAAGGAUAUAUAGAAAGGGAGUGGGAAUUAGUGUUUGUUUUCUUUAUUGCACAGUUAGAUUUACUGUAGUGUGGUCCAUACCAAUGGGACAAUAAGUUAUUUCUUUAGACUAUGAUUUAAUGUUGCAAAAAUCACUUUGAAAUAUGUUCGGUUAUAACUUAACAAAAUGCAAUUACAUAAUUGGUCAUUUUUGUAUGUUAAGUGAUAAAUUGAUAAACCCUUGGAUCUUCAAGGUCAAAAGAAAUCAAUGCACAUUACGGUUGUGCUUUUUUUUAAAGUCUGUUAAAGGAGGUCAAAAUGUCUUUCAUCACCAAUGUAAAAUGUCAGAAUCAGGUUUAAUGUCACUGGCAUAUGUCGUGAAAUUUAUUACCCUUU